AUGAAAGAAAUUAUAAAUCACAUAAUUGUAAAGUUUCUAAACUGCAAUGGAUUUGAUCUGGCUGAUAAAAAGGCAGUUUUGCUUAUAAAUGAAGCAUUAGAUUUGUAUAUAUCUAGCAUUCUCAAAAUCCUUAAUUCUCAUACAUUUCAUUCUAGAAAACAAUGUGCUAAUAUUUGGGACUUUGUAAGUUUGUUGAAUUUUAAAAAUCUAAAAAUUGAAAACAACAUCAAACCUGUGUUGUAUCCUUCUGUACAAAAAAAUAAUAUUGAAGAAUUUAAAAGUCCACUCUCUACAUAUCUAGAAAGAUAUAUUCACAUCUACGAUUUUAUGCCUUCUUUUCCGCCUACACAUACAUUUAGGCAAACGUAUAUUAAAAAUAAAGAGAAAGAAGACAGAUCUCAAAAAGUUAAAACAAGACUGGAGCAGAGUUUAAGAGCAGAAAAAAAUUUACUAAGGCUUAUCAAAGGCUCGGGAUCCUUACCUUCAUUUGUAAAUUAUUUGCAUAAAAAAUGA